AUGUCGUCCAAUGACAGCAACAAUGACAACAACUCGGACCUAAACCUAUACUUCUACUCGCCCUCGACCGCGCUCGCCGUGAUCUUCUCGGUGCUGUACUUCCUGCUGACCCUGUGGCACGGGUACAUCAACUUCAUCGCGACCCGGCGGCACGUCACGUACAAGCACAAAUACACGAUCCCUUUGUUCGUAGCCUGCGUCAUCUCGACGGCGGGGUGGUCGGUACGGAUCGCGUCGAUCCACAAUCUCGCAUCCAUCCCGCUGUACGCCGUCAGCGCGUCGUACAUUGUCAUCUCACCCAUCUUCGUCUGCGCCACGCUGUACCUGCUGCUCACGCGCCUGAUCCGGAUGAGCCUCCCUGCCGAGGAAAACGGUGGCCAGAAGCAGCAGGUCUUCUUCCGCAUCCCACCGGCCUGGCUGGGCAGGAUCUUCAUCACCUCGGACAUUUUCAGUUUUCUGACACAGUGCUCCGGCUCCGGCAUCGCCAGCUCGGGCAACUGGGAAGGGGAUUUGAAGACCGUGGGCACGAACGUGCUGCUCGUCGGCUUGAGCUUGCAGCUCGCCACGUUUAGCGUCUUCCUCGUCGUGUUGGCGAGAUUUGUCAGGAGGGUGUCCAGGGUGGGCAAAGAUGCAGGUUGGGAUCCUCGCGUGAAAAAAGUCGUUUGGGGCGUCUGGAUUGCGGGAUUCUGGGUCCAAGUCCGUUCCGUCUACCGUGUCGUCGAGUUCGGAAUGGGCAUCGACGGAUACCCCUUCACGCACGAGUGGUGCCUGUACGUCCUCGAAGCGGUGCCCAUGUUCAUCGCGCUCACGGCCCUGGCCUGGUACCACCCCGUCAAGUACAUGCAGCAGAAGCCGCGUGCAGAGUUUGCCCUGCAGGAAGGCGGGGCUGGCGCCGCAAGGCGACUACCGAAAGGGAUCCGCAUUUCUUUGAACAAGGGCAAGGGCGGAGUCGUGAACAAUACGGUGUGA